GCCGGAGCCGCCACGAUGAGGAGUAGAGCGCCGCCGCCGCCGCCGCCGCUGUCUCUGGCUCUGGCUCUGGCGGUUCUGCUUCUGGGGGGCCCGGCGUCCCUCUGCGGCGCCUUCUACCUGCCGGGCUUGGCUCCUGUCAGCUUCUGCGACGAGGGAGGCGAGAAAGCCGGAUGCAAGUCAAAAAUAGAGCUGUUUGUGAACAGACUGGACUCGGUUGAAUCAGUUCUACCAUAUGAAUAUGAUGCUUUUGACUUUUGUCAAGAUGCAGCAGAAAAAAGGCCUUCAGAAAAUCUUGGCCAAGUCUUGUUUGGAGAGCGAAUAGCAUCAUCGCCCUACAAGUUUAUAUUUAAGAAAAACCAGCAAUGCCAAGUGGCCUGUAUGAAGUCUUAUGACCCGGAGAAUACAAAUGACAAAAACAAGCUGGAAUUCUUGAAGAAAGGAAUGCGGUUGAAUUACCAGCAUCACUGGAUUAUUGAUAACAUGCCAGUGACUUGGUGUUACGAUUUUGGAGAAUUACAUAAAUUCUGUAAUCCAGGAUUUCCAGUUGGAUGCUUCGUGGCUUCAGAUGGCAGAGCUAAAGAUUCCUGCACUAUAAAUUCUGAGUUCAACAAGAAGAACACCUACUAUCUUUUCAACCACGUUGAUAUUACGAUCACAUACCACAGUGCGCAGAAUGAGAACUGGCUCGGAGCUCGCCUGGUUACAGCUCGCCUGGAACCCAAAAGUUAUAAACAAACGGAUAUAAACAAUUUGUCUUGUGAAGGCCCCCCCAUGGAAAUUUCUGCAGAGUUUAACAGCAAGCUGAAUCUGAUUUACAGUUACUCUGUGAAAUUUGAAGAGAACAACAAUAUUAAGUGGGCUUCGAGAUGGGACUACAUCUUGGAAUCCAUGCCCCAUACCAACAUCCAGUGGUUUAGCAUAAUGAAUUCCCUUGUAAUUGUGCUCUUCUUGUCUGGAAUGGUUGCCAUGAUCCUUCUGAGGACUUUGCAUAAAGAUAUUGCAAGAUACAACCAGAUUGACUCCUCGGAGGAUGCCCAGGAGGAGUUUGGGUGGAAGCUGGUCCAUGGAGAUGUGUUUAGGCCUCCCAGGAAGGGCAUGCUGCUCUCUGUCUUCCUGGGGCAAGGGACGCAGAUUUUCAUAAUGACAUUUAUUACCUUAUUCCUUGCCUGCCUUGGAUUCCUUUCGCCAGCCAACAGGGGGGCCUUGAUGACCUGUGCCGUCGUGCUGUGGGUCUUACUGGGGACCCCAGCAGGCUACGUAUCUGCUCGGAUGUACAAAACAUUUAGAGGUGAAAAAUGGAAGACAAAUGUGUUGCUCACAGCUCUGUUGUGUCCAGGAAUUGUCUUUGCUGACUUCUUCAUAAUGAACCUUAUUCUUUGGGUGAAAGGAUCCUCAGCUGCUAUUCCCUUUGGCACACUGGUUGCUAUCUUGGCCAUGUGGUUUGGAAUAUCUGUCCCAUUAACCUUUGUUGGUGCAUACUUUGGAUUCAAGGAGAAGCCCAUUGAGCACCCGGUGCGUACAAACCAGAUUCCUCGUCAAAUCCCAGAGCAGUCCUUUUUCACCAAGCCUCUUCCGGGCAUCAUCAUGGGAGGCAUCCUCCCCUUUGGGUGUAUCUUUAUCCAGCUCUUCUUCAUUUUAAACAGCAUUUGGUCUCACCAAAUGUACUACAUGUUCGGCUUCUUGUUCUUAGUCUUUAUCAUCCUCCUGAUUACAUGCUCAGAAGCAACGGUCUUGCUGUGCUAUUUUCAUCUAUGUGCCGAGGAUUAUCAUUGGUGGUGGAGGUCAUUCUUAACCAGCAGCUUCACCGCCGUCUAUCUCUUCAUCUAUGCAGUCCAUUAUUUCUUCUCAAAACUUCAGAUCACAGGAACUGCCAGCACCAUUUUAUACUUCGGAUAUACAAUGAUCAUGGUCUUGAUUUUCUUCCUUUUCACUGGAACGAUUGGAUUUUUUGCUUGCUUCUGGUUCGUUAGUAAGAUUUACAGCGUUGUCAAAGUAGACUGAAGAUCUUCCACAUUUCUCUUGAACAUAUCCAGCAAGUCAAUGGAUAUAUAUAUUUUAACCAUGUACUGGGAUAAACACGACACCUUAAAAAUAGACAUGCAGAGUUGGUAACUUGGCACCAAAAAGCAGAAUGGGACCCAAGGAAUGUUGGACAAUCCCAGAGAACUUGACUUUUAUCACUUUUUACAAAUGCCGCAUCCCAAGUUGUUUAUUAUUAUUAUUGUUGUUGUUGUUGUUUGCAGCUGAAAGAACGAAUCCAGUUUAACAACGUGUGUGUUGCACUCUUUGCUUCUCCCAAGCUGGGGUUUCUUGUGACUUUGCUACUUCUCUUUUUACACAGUUAUUUGAUUAUUCUGUUCACAGUAUAGGACCGUCCGGUAGAAUCCUAUGUAAAAAAAAAUGUGACUUUUUGAAACUUAACAUUUAAGUACAGCUGUACAUAAUAGUCUGCAUCUCCUUUGCAGGUUAGCUGGACACCUUAUACAAAUGUACAAGAAUUUAGUGUCAAAUGCAGAUCUCUUGGCAGGAGGAGAAACACCACACUGUCUUCGCUUUGAAUAAAGCUGCACAGUUCCAACAGA